AUGCAGAAGACCCUGACAGGCAAGACCAUCACCCUCGAGGUUGAGCCCAGUGACACCACUGAGAAUGUCAAAGCCAAAAUCCAAGAUAAGGAGGAGUCCAUCCUGCACCUGGUGCUUCGCCUGCGAGGUGGGAUCAUCGAGCCAUCCCUGCGCCAGCUUGCCCAGAAGUACAACUGUGACAAGAUGAUCUGCCGCAAGUGUUAUGCCCGCCUGCACCCCCGUGCCGUCAACUGCCGCAAGAAGAAGUGUGGCCACACCAACAACCUGCGCCCCAAGAAGAAGGUCAAAUAAAGCUCAGCCAGCCCCUCGUCCAGAAGGGCACCACCUGCCCAACACCUGCAGCCUUGAGG